UCUGUAGGUAGAGCUGAGUAUGCUAGCUCCCUCUGGAAACGACGGUGUGGCUGAUGACAUGAAAACAUUCGCUGAUCAGCUUCAGCCCCUUGUUCUACUUGAUAAACAUGAUAUGAGACGGGCAUAGAUGGUCAGGAGAUCAAUGUUGACUUCUUUGUAAUCAAUCUUUUUAGAGACAUGUUGUUUGUUGACUUAUUCAUGAACAACAUUAAAUGUUUGCCGUUCAUUAGGUGUCGCCAAGCGGCCAAAUUAUUUCCUAUUGUACCUGUCUUGCAAUUAUUACCCUGAAUUGUUUCAGUUGUUUGUACAGUACAGUACACUAAAAUUGUACAAUAUUGCACAUCGUUGUGCGUUAACGGAACAAUAGUGUACUGUACUGUAUUAAAUUGUGUUGCACAAUUCUGUACUGAACUGUAUAGUAUUGUACUGCUUUUUUAUAUUUCAUUGUACAGUAUUGUACUGUACAGCCAAGCUUCUAAGCAACGGAAAGGAAAGAAUAAUGUUAUUUAACUUUUCAGAAACAAUGAUCUUUAUCUUGAGAGUAAACUUUAGGAGUGCAAAAGUUUCCAGCAAUGAUUCUAAUUAAACGGCUGGAGGCUUGGACUUUCAGGUAUAUAUCCAAGUACUGGAAGAUCUAUCUUUACAGUAUGGAAGAAAAGACGAAGGAGAACUCUAUACAUAAACUUAAGGUGGUACAUAAGUCUGAUAACUAUUUGGUUGUAGACAAGGACUUUGAUGUUGUCCUCAAUACUAAACAAGGAGAAGAGGACAGGUUAAGUGUAUUUGCUCAGAUAGCUUUCAACUAUCCACAUCUAGUCAAUUCAAAACUAGGACAUGGUUUCUACGUGAUUCAUCGACUGGAUUAUUCAACAUCUGGUGUAUUGCUGGUUGGAUUGAACAAAAAGGCAGCUUCAGAGGCCGCUAAACUUUUCGAGAAGCGAGAAACCCAGAAGUUUUAUAUAGCGCUGGUCCGAGGCCAUAUCCAGGAUCCAGGGCUAGACAUUAAUAUACCCAUAGGAGAAGAUGGAAGACCUGAGUCUGCCAAUGUUAAGAUGUGUUCAGCUAAACAUAGUUACUGUGUUAAACCCAGGCCAUCUAGGACUCGGUGUUUGGUUCUUGAACGAGGACUUCACAACGGCCAGCCUGCUUCGAAGGUUCUAUUAGCCCCACUUACAGGCAGAAGACACCAGCUACGUGUUCACAUGUAUGAGAUUGGCAACACUAUAGUAGGAGAUUACACCUACAGUAAUAGAAGAGACCUAUCUCCAUAUAGGAUGUUUCUUCAUGCAAUAAGAUUAAGAGUUGAGUCUAAACUAGAAACCAUUGAUGUCAAUACAGAGGACCCUUUCACCGAGCAGCCUCCAACUAACCAAUGGACAAGUACAAGUGUUCUUCACAGACUUCCUGCAGCCUUUGACCUCAUGUAUUCAGAGGACAUUGAUUGGACUAGAAUCAGUGUGUAGAACUCAGAUCAUCUAAAUUAAACGUACAAUGGCAAUGACCCUCUAAACCAUGCUGAUCUACGUAUUUACAAAAAGUAUGCAAAGUAUGCAAGAAAAACUUCUCACAAAAAUGUUAAGACGAUCUCAUUCGUUGAUCAAGAUCAAAAUUGGACUGAAAAUGAGAAAACAUCUCAGUUGAGUACAGUACAGUACAGUACAGUACAGUACAAUACAGUACUGCAAAAUUAAAAACUAUGUGCUGUGUCUGGCUAAAACAUCUAUAAACUUAAAACAUAAAAUAUGAAACUUUAAAUAUUGAUAUUUUUUCAGAAA